AUGGCUGAGAAAGAUAGGUGGGGUACAGAGAACAUGAAGAGGAAUGGAGAGUUUGGAAUGUCGUCGAGUGAGAUCCCCAAUCCAAAUGCUUCCUACCUUAAUCUUUCUCAUCGUCACCAUCAUCAUCAUCAGCUCGUGAAUGGUUCACCUAUGAGCAGAGUUUCUCGGCAACCAGAGUCCUGUCCUUCGAGUUCUUUCUCUAAUGGGCUUGGUUCCUCUGAGGAUGGUUGGGUAUUUCCAAUUCCAUUAGAGGAGGUUAAUCAAACACCCGGCACCCAUUACUCGAACAUCAAUGGGAGGCUGGUGGAUGACAUGGAUUUGUCUGAGACUAUGCACAGAAUGCAUAUCGGUGAUGAACAGAGGGAUGGUACUAAGAUGAGGGGAUUUGAGGUGGGCCCUGAUGGGUUUGGCUUUGGUGAUGGUUAUUUUGGAGGGACUAUCCCGUGGAGUGGUGAACAUGAAGGUUAUAGCAAUGGUGCUUCUGGUUAUGAAGGGUUUCAAUCCUCUCAUCAUGGAACUCCGGCGAGUUUCAACGAUGAUGUGGGGAUGACAUUGCUUGGUUUGGAGGGUGGAUAUAGAGGAAGUGAUUCAAUGGGGUCUUAUCUCGAUCAUAAUCAGUCUAAUGCUUUCUACUCUGGCCCCAGUUGCAGCAAAAACCACAUGAACUUUUUAUUGGAGAAAAGAAAUGAACGUGGAAAUGGCUGUUACUAUAGAGGGGUUCAACUGCAGAACCCAGCGACAAGUAGGCCUUACCAUAAUGAAACUUCUAUUUGCUCACCGUGGGGUGAAAGGGAUUCUAAUGGAGUCAGGGGUCUAAGGGAACCAUUGAAUGUAGACCAUUCCUUAUGUAGUCGUCUAAUACUAAAUGAAGGGACUAGAGCAAUCCCUAACAGCAUGGUUCCUCCAUCUGUUUUGUCUAGGAAAGGUGCAACUGAUGUUGAGGCUUUCACUUGUGAGGAUGGUUUCAUCAUACAUGGGAACAGUUUGAAUUAUGGCAUCGACAAGAAAUGCAACGCUUCAAGGAGUCAUAAGAAGAAUUACUGGGAUGAAAUUGCAGAACAAAACCAACGAAGGAAAAGCUCUGAACUGGAUGGAUGCUUUAUCUUUGGAAGAAGUUGUGAAAAUGGUCCGAGUCAGAGGAGUGAUUCACCAUUGUUCUUGCCACUAACUUUUACUUCUUUGGAUGAGGUCCAGGGCUAUAUAUACUUCAUAGCAAAGGAUCAAUAUGGUUGUCGCCUAUUACAAAAGGUGUUUGAUGAGGGAACAUGCCAAGACGUGCAAAUCAUUUUUAAUGAAAUUGUCAGUCACGUUGGGGAACUUGCGACGGACACAUUUGGCAAUUACCUUGUGCAGAAGUUGUUGGAUGUGUGCAGUGAAGAACAGAGACUGCAGAUUGUGCUAAUGAUGACCAACAAACCAGGACAACUCAUCAGAAUUUCUCUAAACACACAUGGCACGCGUGUUGUACAGAAGUUGAUCGAGACUGUCAAAACUAGAAAACAGAUUUCGCUAGUUAAGUCUGCACUUGAACGUGGUUUUCUUGAUCUUAUUAAGGAUGUGAAUGGCUAUCAUGUGAUACAGCGUUCCUUGCAAUACCUUAGCAAUGAAGAUAAUACGUUUAUUUUAGUUGCCGCUGCAAAGUAUUGUGUGGACAUUGCAACUCAUAGGCAUGGAUGUUGUGUCUUGCAACGCUGCAUUUCACAUUCAACAGGGGAACAUCGAGAUAAGUUGGUUACUGAAAUCACUAGAAAUGGGCUUCUCCUCGCUCAAGAUCCUUUUGGAAACUAUGUUGUUCAGUAUAUCAUAGAGAUGAAGAUCCCAGCUGCAAGUGCGAAAUUGAUGUCUCAGUUUAAGGGGAACUACGUACAGCUUUCAAUGCAGAAAUUUAGCAGUCACGUGGUUGAAAAAUGCCUUAAGCAUUUUGAAGAGAGCAGGUCAAGAAUCAUCCGUGAAUUGCUCUCUGUGUCUCACUUUGAGCAGUUAUUGCAAGACCCUUUUGGCAACUAUGUCAUUCAAUCUGCUUUAGCAGUUACCAAGGGCCCUCUUCAUGCUUCACUGGUUGAAGAAGUGCGGCGCCACAAUGUCUUGCGCACCAGCCCAUAUUGCAAGAGGAUUUUCUCACGGAAACUCAUGAAGGACUAAUUUGUAUUACAUUGUAGUAAGCUUGUUGUUGUUCUCUGAAGAUUUACCAAGAUGUUCUUGUCCACCUUCAAUAAGUACACUUCUCUAUCUUAGGCACUAGUGUAUUAAAUGUACUUCAGAAUCUUUUGUUGAACUCUAGCUGAGAAAUUCGCAAUGCAGGCUCUGUGGAUGACUUCCAUGAGUCUGAGAAGU